AUGGUUGCGUUAUUCGUUGGGAAAACGCCGUUUGAUUGCUGCUAUGUUCGCGACGAUGACUUAGCGGAAUGGGUCGAGGCGGGAUGGCUAAGGCCCUGCGAUGACCUGCCCGGUGUCGAUCAGUAUCUGGACGAUAUCUUCGAUUACAACUCCGACGCUAUGACCUACGGAGGUAGGCGCUACGGUCUCCCCUACUAUACCGACUUUACCGUUUGGCUCUAUAACGAGCAGAUGCUUGAGGCAGCGGGAUUUGACGCGCCAGCGCAGACGUUGGACGAAUUGACCGAACAAGCGAUCAAAGUCAAAGAGGCACGGGUGAAAUCCCCCGACGGGGAUGUUAUCGAACAUCCGAUUGUGCUCGGCUUUCGUCAGAACGUCACCGGCUUCGGUGACUGGUGGUCACUGAAUUACGCGAGCGAAGUCGAUCUGUUUGACGACGACUUCAACCCAAUUUUUCCUGACGACGAAGGACAACGUGCAGAGAAGAUUCUUCAAUGGCUUGUCGACGGCAUCCACAAGCACCGUAUUAUCAACAUCAAUUCAUUGACGAUGCCAGAUAUUCGGGAGAAUAUUGCAGCGGGGAGACAGGCGUUUUGUCUGAUGAGUAAAUAUGAUGUAGAAUGGAUAAACAACCGCGAAAACUCCGCUGUCUCUGAAACGUAUCUGAGCCAACGCGGCAUCCCCGAAACGGAAGCCCUCCAUGCAAAAGUCAUUAAGAUGGCACGCCUCCCUUCUCUUGAACCCGGACAGCACGGCACCUUGGGGUGGACGCGGAUGUAUAGUCUGACAGCUCACUGUCGAGAGGAGCGCCUAUUGGAGGCAUGGGAGUUGAUGCAAUUUCUCGGGGGUAAGGACGCGACCGGUGACUAUUAUACGGCGCGACGCUGGUUUCAACUCCGGGGCCUAGGAUUCGCGUUCAUUUCCCUGAUGGAUGAUCCCGAAAUCAUUGCGCUAACGGAGAAGUGGGGCGACAUCAAAUUGGUUAAGGAACUAUCGAAAGUCGCCCGCAUCCGGGAAAACAUCAAAGCACCGUGGUUUCCUGACUUCAACGUUUACUAUCAGCCGGAGAUCCAGAAGAUCCUGCUGCGUCAACAGUCUCCCCGCGAUGGACUGGGACGCAUGGCAAAACGGUCUCUGGCAAGUCUCGGUGUGAUGGCAGGCUGCCUCCAAAAAACGCCCGAAGGGGUAAUUUUCAAAGGCUGGCCCUAUGAGCCUGACCUCGUGCGUGAAAAUGUCGAAUACUUCAAGCGGCAAACCAACAUCAACGUUGCCUACGAGGCGGUAUCGGGCAACUAUCACGAUAAGAUGGUUGCGCUGUUUGUCGGCAAAGCACCGAUGGAUUGCUGCUAUGUCCGUGACGAUGAUUUUGUAGAGUGGGUUGAGGCCGGUUGGCUGCGUCCUUACGAAGGUUUGCCCGGUGCAGAUGAGUACGGGGAUGACCUCUUUGACUAUAGUCUGGAUGCGAUGACUUACGAAGGAAAACGCUAUGGUCUGCCCUAUUACACUGACUUUACCAUCUGGGUUUACAACGAACAAAUGCUUGAGGCGGCAGGUUUCGAGCAACCGGCGCGGACGUUGGACGAGUUGACCGAACAGGCAAUCAAGAUCAAAGAGGCGCGAGUGAAAUCUCCCGAGGGGGAUGUUGUCGAAUAUCCAAUAAUGCUUGGCUUUCGGCAGGUGAUCACCGGGUUCACCGACUGGUGGGCAUUGAAUUACGCUUCCGAGGUUGACCUGUUUGACGAUGAUAUCAAUCCGAUUUUCCCGGACGAUGUGGACCGGCGUGCAGAGCAGAUUCUCCAGUGGAUUACUGACGGUAUUCACAAGCACGCUAUCAUCGACAUCAAUUCACUGACAUCGCCGCUCAUUCUCGACAAUGUCUCGGCAGGACGACAGGCUUUUGCGAUGAUUAACAAGCACGAUUUAGAACGGGUAAAUAGCCGCGAAGACAGUGCUGUUGCCGAAUCAUAUCUACGAGCGCGGGGCAUCACCGAAACGCAGGCCAGCUAUGCCAAAGUCAUCAAGAUGGCACCGGUCCCAAGUAUCGAACCCGAUCAGCAAGGCACGUUGGGGUGGUCGCGGAUGUAUUCCUUAACCGCCCAUUGCCGAGAGGAGUAUCUGUUAGACGCAUGGCGGCUGGUACAAUUCCUCGGUGGUAGGGACGCAAGCGGCGACUAUUAUACGGCACGGCGCUGGUUUCGACUCCGAGGCUUGGGCAUCGCAUUCAGGUCCUUACUGGAUGACCCUGAAAUCAUUGAGCAAACGGAGCAGUGGGGAGACGCCAACCUCAUCAAGGAAUUGUCAAAGGUCGCCCGUGCCCGCGAGAACAUCAGGGCCCCAUGGUUUCCCGACUUCAACCAGUACUAUCAGCCGGAGAUCCAGAAAGUUCUUAUCCGUCAGCUAUCCCCACGUGAUGGGCUGGCGCGGAUUGCCAAACGGUGUCGGGAACUGAAGAAGGAAUGGACAUAG